CACCACAAGAUGGCGGUCUUUUCGCCUUGCAACCCUGGGCAGGAAGUAGCGUUAUUGAUACCGGCGGCUUUGACAGAGAAAGUGCUUAGUGGGAGGUGGCCAUAGCCGGCGGCGGAAAGUAAGUGCCACCGUCGUCCCUGGCAGGAUGAAAGGUGGAAUUAAGAGUAAAGAACAGUAUGAUUUGUGCCGCUGUUUUUGCUAUUCCUCCAUUACUGAGAAGUAGCACUGCUGUUAUUCCUAUUUGCUCAUCAUUCUUACAGCUAAAGCAUGCAGCUUUAUGUUACUGCACAGUAAAUGGCAAAAUGAAAUCCAAAAAGAAGUCGGAUCAUCUGGAGAGAACAGCAAAUGACUUUCGGCAGGAGAUUAUUUCUAAAGCAAAAGUGUGUGGAAUUACCAGUGAAUCUGAAACAGUAAAAAGGCUCCGUUUGGCAGUUGCAGAUAAAGAAUUUACUUUCAAGGCAGGACAAUGGGUUGAUUUCUUUAUACCUGGCGUCGCUGUUGUUGGCGGAUUUUCAAUAUGUUCAAGUCCUGGUCUUCUGGAACAAGAGGGAGAGUUGGAACUAGCAGUAAAACAUACCACACAUCCUCCUGCUCAUUGGGUGCACACACAAUGUGCUCUCAACUCCGAGGUGGCUUUGCGAGUGGGAGGCAACUUCUUCUUUGAUCCUCGUCCUGCUGACUCCCCUGCAGACCUCGUGCUGAUUGCAGGUGGAGUAGGAAUUAACCCUUUGUUUUCAAUACUGCUUCAUGUCGCAGACCUCCAUCAAAAACAGGAGAAUAGAGGAACUGGAUAUCAUAUGGGAACAACUAAUCUGUUCUACAGUGCCAAAAACUCAGAUGAGCUGCUGUUUAGGAAACACAUCCUUGGUUUAACAGAUGCAUUUCCUGGAAAGAUCACAUGCAGUUUCCAUGUUACACAGCAGAGAUCAGAAAUCUGUGAGAACCUUCAGCCUUAUGUCAAGGAAGGAAGAAUAUCUGGAAAAGAUCUAGAAAAAUAUGUUUAUAAGAAGACACUCUGGUACAUCUGUGGUCCACCGCCAAUGAUAGAAUCCAUCUCCAAGCUGCUAGAAAAUCUUGGUGUGGCUCAGAAGAACAUUUUCUUUGAAAAGUGGUGGUAGCAGCAGCUGUUUAGCACAAAAUAAAAAUAGAUGAUAAAAAUUGCUGUGUAGAUAUGUCGGUGGAAAGGGAGAGGAAUGCCUACAGUUUAUAGACCAUGAUCCGUUUUCCAUUCACACAAAUAACUUCAUGUAUAAACAUCAAUUCGUUAUUCUAAAUUUGCUCAGUAGAUUUUAUAUCAUGACAAAUGUGUAUAUGUGACUGUUUCAGAUGUAAUUUUGAAAAGUAAAUAAUAUAUUUCCUUAA